AUGGCUGAAAAUUGGGUAGAAGAAGGCUCGAAAAAUACUUCUGCUCCGACGUCGCCCCCUAGUUGUCAAACCUCCUCAACAAGAAGAUCAAGGCAAAGAAACAUAUUCCAUCUAUUAAGUCAUCGAGAGGUGUCUCCUCGAACAAAACACCAAGCUAAAAGGCAUUGGAAUAAGCCUCCGACUUGCGGCGCUGGUUACAGUGAGUUAAGAUAUUCAGCUACAGAUGCUAAACAUGAUUUAUUUUCGUGGGCAGAAUCACAGUCCCUGCAUCGUUGGUCUGCAAAGUAUUGCCCUCUUAUGCCACCCCCUAGGUCAACUAUUGCAGCUGCAUUCAGUUCGGAUGGGAAAACACUUGCAUCAACGCAUGGUGACCAUACUGUUAAAAUAAUUGACUGCCAAACAGGGAAAUGUUUGAAAGUGUUGGGUGGACAUCGGCGCACACCUUGGGUGGUUAGAUACCAUCCCUUACAUUCUGAUAUACUUGCCAGCGGGAGUUUGGAUCAUGAAGUCCGUCUUUGGGAUGCUAAUACCUCAGAUUGUAUUGGAUCUCAGGAUUUCCAGAGGCCAAUUGCAUCCAUUGCAUUUCAUGCAAGGGGGGAGAUUCUGGCAGUUGCAUCAGGUCACAAAUUGUUCAUAUGGAACUACAAUAGGCGAGGGGAGUCUUCUGCCCCGACCAUUAUAUUAAGAACCCGCCGUUCGUUGAGAGCUGUGCAUUUCCACCCUCAUGGUGCUCCAUAUCUUCUUACGGCAGAGGUUAACAAUCUUGACUCCGCAGACUCACAGCUGACCCAUGCAACAUCUACUGGCUAUUCAAACUAUCCCUCAGCUUUGUUUUUUGCAAACAUCAACUCUAGAGGCUAUCCACAUCUUGAGUCUAAUAUGUCAUCACCUUGCCUAAUUUGGCCUGCAUUCCUCAGGGAUGAUGGAAGUCUAUAUAUUCCUCGAAAUGACUUGGCUAGUGGUUCAACCAAUGUGCAGCAGAGUUCGUCAUCUUUAGCUCAAAAUGUAUUGUCGUCAGAUGCUGAAAACCAGCAGUCUGACCAGUCUGUAACCCCUAUGGAUGUAUGUCCAGGGGAACCAUCUGCGUCUAGUGAUGUUCAAAUGCCUUCCACGAGCAACAGCCUGCCACUUCCGGCAAUAGCCAGGCCUUCAGGAUCUGCUGUUGAUCGUAUGCCAGUGAAUUCAUUCACCACUAGUGGGUUAGAUGUUCAAAUGUUUCUAAGAAAUUCAGAGGGUGGAAAUCACCAUCACGAUCUCUUCAGUGACUCGCGUAGCUGGGAGCUGCCUUUUUUGCAUGGUUGGUUGAUGGCCCAAAGUCAGACAGGUGCUUCUUCAUCGAUACCGAUUCCCGCUGGCAGUACUAGAGGAUCAAAUCGACACUAUGCCUCACGCCCUCAUGCUUUGGCCUCUGUACCAGGGGUUGGGAAUUCACUUCUGGGUCCACAAAUCGAUGAAGCUGAGGCUCAUGCUGCGUCCUUAGGUGUUGGAUCAGAACUUGCUACCUCACUGUUUUCUGCCGGCGCUGCUGAAUUACCUUGUACAGUGAAGCUUAGAGUAUGGCGGCAUGAUAUCAAGAAUCCAUGUGUUGCAUUAGAAACCAAGGCAUGCUGCUUGACAAUCUCUCAUGCCGUUCUUUGCAGUGAAAUGGGUGCCCAUUUCUCCCCUUGUGGACGAUUUCUGGUGGCUUGUGUUGCAUGUUUGCUGCCUCAAACAGAAGGUGACCAGGGUAGCCAAUUACCUGUGCAGUAUGAGUCUACAGGAGCUGGAACAUCACCAACUCGUCACCCACUUCCCUCCCACGGAGUGAUUUACGAGCUUCGGGUUUAUUCUCUUGAGGAGGCAACAUUUGGAGAAAUUCUCACGUCCAGAGCAAUAAGAGCGGCUCAUUGUUUAACUUCCAUUCAGUUUUCGCCUACUUCAGAACACAUACUAUUGGCAUAUGGACGUCGUCAUAGCUCGCUGCUCAGGAGCAUUGUUAUGGAUGCGGAGACGACUGGAAUUCCUGUAUAUACUAUCUUAGAGGUUUACAGAGUUUCGGACAUGGAGCUGGUAAGAGUUCUUCCUAGUGCUGAAGAUGAAGUCAAUGUUGCAUGCUUUCAUCCUUCCCCUGGAGGUGGUCUUGUUUAUGGGACUAAGGAAGGGAAGCUCAGGAUCCUACAACACAAUGGCGCAGACGCUGCAAGCAUGGGGCUGAAUUGCUUUAUCGAGGAAAGUUCAGAGGUAUGCGUUGGAAGGCUGAAUGAUCAUUUGCGUCAUGAGCUUAUAUGUGUACCUUCUCUGGAACUUUUGUCUGCAAGCUCCAUUUUUGUUUAG